AUGGCUCCCCUCCCUAAAUCCGAAGAGUCCAACUCGCCAACAGAAAGACCUACCUCCCGAGACUCAGCCGAGCGGGGAAAGAAGCGCGCAAGAACACAAUCAAUGCCUCCCCCAGAGUUGCCCAAGCUAGUCGCCGAGCAGCAUGCCCCCAUCCCGACCAACGACAAAGACACGCAGCGCCUGAUCGUCGUUCUGUGCAAUGCGACCCUCGAGACCUACAAGGCGUCACAUGGCACCGGUCGGGGCCCCGGCGCGCGCGAAGACAAGUAUAAUCUGCUCAACAGCGACGAUCACAUUGGCGUAAUGCGCAAGAUGGGGCGCGAUAUCAGCGAGGCCCGGCCUGACAUCACACAUCAAUGUCUGCUCACAUUGCUUGACUCGCCAAUCAACAAGGCGGGCAAGCUCCAAAUCUACAUCCACACCUCCAAGAAUGUGCUCAUAAGGGUCAGCCCUACAGUGCGCAUUCCUCGUACCUUCAAGCGAUUCGCUGGACUCAUGGUUCAACUCCUGCACAGACAUCAGAUCCGGUCCACGUCAUCCCAGGAAAAACUCAUCGAAGUCAUCAAGAACCCCAUUACCGAUCACCUUCCCCCCAACUGCCGCAAGGUCACGCUCAGCUUCGACUCCGAGGUCGUACGUGUCAGCGAUUACAUUGGCGGCCUCAACAAGGGCGAGAGCAUUGCAGUCUUCGUAGGUGCCAUGGCCAAGGGCAACGACGACUUUGCCGAUCACAUCAAGGACGACAGCAUCGCCAUUAGCCAGUUUAACCUCAGUGCCAGCGUUGCAUGCACAAUGCCCGUCUCCCACAUUGGUCUCACGGUAUCGCAUCUUCCAACGUCAACGUCAUUCUUUCUCUCUGCGCUUCAACCACUGGGCUACCGCUACAUCGGCCAAUUUGGCAACCAAAUUGGCCUCGGGAUCCAUGAUGCCGAUUUCUAUCUCUGCCAAGAAACGUCUGGUGUAAGGGCCGGCGCAGCACACAUCGCAUUCACCGCACCUAGCACGACUGCGGUCCGGAACUUCUAUACCGCUGCACUAACUGCCGGCGGACGUCCCAAUGGGUCACCGGGUUCUCGUUGCGCGGAAGACGGUCACUUCAAUGCCGCAGUACUGGACUUUGACGGAAACAGCAUCGAGGUCGUCUACCGAAAUGGACCAGACAUGAGAAACGAUGGUACCAUUAUCGAACACAGCCGGGUUAUCACGUGGUCGAGGACAGUUUCGCAGAGCUUCCGGGAAAGCCCGAGUAUUUUCAGUGCCCACACGUGUGCUUCGAGAGCUGGCGCAACACCAAUGGCACCACCGGCCGAAUCAGCUGUUCCGAAGCCACCGACUGUAGCCAGAAGCGCCUCUGCACCCACUGUCGCUCCUGUUCCCGAAACGACGACGAAAUCCGACUCCAGCAGUGGGGCGGCCACGCACAUCCUCGGAACAUUACUUGGAGCUGCUGCAGGUGCAGCCGUCACAUAUGCAUUCAUGCGGAGCGAAAAAGAUAGUGCGAAGAAAGAGGCGGAUUUCAGCGCCUUCAUGGACGCCAAAAACGCGGUCAACACUGCGGCUGGCUUCUUCGCCCAGGCCUCAUCCCAACCCCCGACACCCCAGCAGGACCCACAACCCGCGCAACCACCUGUCGAGACCGCUGCACCGCCAACUCCUGCUCAGCCAGUAGUACCUGUAGCACGCCGCAUUGAAGACGACGCGCAAUCAUCCUAUUCGCGCGCUUCCCAGAUUCCUAGGACUUCUGUGCCACGACAAAUCGAGGCUGCGCCCGCUAGCUACUACUCACCGUCUCAGUUUGAGGCUCCUCGCACGCAGAUCGCAGAGCCACUCGCGAUCGAAUAUGCCCCUGCAUACUCUACUGCCCCGUCAAGGGCUCCUUCGAGGCUCACGGCAGCUCACCGCUCCAAUACCAGCCCUGAGUUGCUGAUGAUUGAAAGGGCAAGAAGCACUGUCUCCACUGCUAGGCCGGAAAGUGUCGCAACAAAGUCAAAGCCUCCACGACCAUCGUCCAAGCCUCAAAGUGUAGUCUCGAAAGCACAUAGCGCAGCUCCUAGCUCUUUCAUCUCAUCGUUCGUGGCAGAUCGUGCUGACGAUGAUGACAAGAGUAGCUCGGGCAGAUCAAAAGCCAGGUCCUCUCACACUUCAUCUUCAAAACAUAGCUCGCACAAAGAGCACAGUAGUAGCAGUCGCAAGGAGCGUAGCUCAUCGCCUUCUCCACCGGCCCCUGCAUCGAAGGCUCCAUCAAAGGCCCCCACCAAGGUUGCAUCCAAGGCUGCUUCCAUUGUCAGCAGCAUCCUAGGCCGUGACAAGUCCAAGCACGAUGAUGACGAUGACGACUUCAUCGACGACCUUGACAUUGAAGAAGUAAGCGAGGAUGAUCUUGACACUGUCGUUCCCAGCGACAGUAUCUCUCAGAUCGGCGAUGGUCCACGGCGUAGGCACCGUUCCCACCGCAGCCAUAAGUCCAAGAAGGACGACGACGCUGAGACAUCCGUGAGCCAUCGCAGCAAGAAGCAUAGCGAUGACAAAGAUUCGUCUCGUAGUAAGAAGCACGACGAUGACAAAGAGUCAUCCCGCAGUAAAAAGCAUGACGAUGACAACGAGUCGUCCAUCAGCAAGUCAUCAAAACGCUCUCACCGCUCCCACCGCUUGCGGAAGACAUCCGCCGACUCCGCCGACGAUGAGGACUCAUCACGCCCUCACCGGUCCUCGCGGUCCUCCAAGUCCAAACCAUCUAUCGUCUCUGAACCUAGUGAGGUAUCAACUGUCCGACCUGUAAAGCCUUCCAAGACAUCAAGAAAGGAUAGUCUGACCCAAGGCCAGUACGACAACCUUUUUGACGAAGUGCAAUAUGGAACCGGUGGUGUUCACGCCUCAAGACACCCUCCUACACCCAGCAUGGUUAGCGCGGCACGCAAGAAUCCCAUUCGCAGCAUGAUCAACCACAACCAUGCAACCAGGAUGAGGAACUUUGAAGGAAGUCAGGCUGGACGGGCCAGGGAUGAUAGUGAUUAG